ACUUCAUCACUCCAGAUCCAGGCCACAUCGGGGCGGAGCUGCACUGUAGAGCUCGUAAUUUGGACGCUUUGGAUACGCGCUUGCUGUAAUACAAUCGUGCUGUCUUGGUUCGGCGUGGAGGGUUGUUUUUGUUUUGACUGAACGUAGCCAAAGACGAGAAGAGUUCACCUUUGUGAUUGUUCGCCAUGGGAGCAGAGAGCUCAGUGCAGCGGGACGGGAAGAGUCAGGAGGAUGCCUCAGCUUCAGCCUCAGCCUCCGCUGAGGAGCUGAGUGCGGAGGUGAACGUGCUCCAGGAGGGAGGCAGCGAUGCCAAGCCUUUGCAGAAAAAUGGACAAAUCUCCAGCAUGACCAGUCUGAAUGGACACUCAGAGGACAACACGCUGGCAGAAGUUGGCCAGCCAGAUGGUGUGUCUGUGGCUCAGAAAGAGGAGGCUCCUGAGACUAUGGACACCAUCCAGGAUGAAGUGGCUCCUCAAGUGAACGGCGAAAAAAUGGAGAAAGAGUCUCCUGAUGCCAAUGACAUCUCUGCUAUUGAGGAGAAAGCAGCAGAGGAGAAACCUGAUGACGCCAGUGAAGUUGGCUUCAAGAAGAUCUUCCGCUUUGUAGGCUUUAAGUUCACACUGAAGAAGGACAAAAGUGAAGAAAAAGACCCAGUGAAACUACUGACAGUCAAAGAAAAAGAAGGAGAGGAGGUUAGUGGGACUGAUGAACCUACAAAGGAGGAGGAGGCUGCCACUGCUGAGGAGAAGAGCAAGGCUGAAGAAAAGGAUGCUGAUAUAGAGGCAUCUACUGCUGAGGCCGAAGUCAUUAAAGAUAGUGACAAAGCUGAAACCACUGAUGCCCCAGCUGAAGGCACUGCUGCUGAAGCUACUGAUGAAGCAGCCAAGGAGGAAGGAGCUGAGAAGGAAGGAGAGACCACUCCGCCAUCCCAGGAGACCACCCUGUCCCCCUUCAGGAAACUCUUCAGUGGAGGACUCUUCUCUAACCUGAGAAAGAAAGCCAGCAUCAAGAAGACAAAAGAGGAGGAAGACAAGGAGGCAGCUGUUGAGGAGGAGACAGCUAAGACAGAAGAAACUGCUGCUGCUGUGGAAGAAAAUGAGAAGAAUGAGGUGGACCAAGAAACCCAGGGAGUGGAACCAGCAACUCCUGAGGAAGAAAAAAGAGAGCCCAAGGAGGAGGCCCCAGCUACUCCAGAGGAAGCCAAAUCAGAGACUACCCCAGAGCCUGAGGAUACUGUUGAAACCCCUGCUCCUGCUGCAAUUACUACUGAUGAGACCAAACAAGAAGAGGAAAAGGCUGAACUUAAUGCAGAAGAGCAGAAGGGUCCAGCAGAGGUGACUUCUGAGGCUGAGCUGCUAUCCUCACAGGAGAAGGCAAAGUCCCAGGGAAGCCCCCUAAAAAAGCUUUUCACUGGUGCUGGUUUGAUGAAGCUCUCAACUAAGAAACAGAAGACCAAGAAAGAUACUGAGAUCAAGUUCACUGAGUCUGGGGAGCAGGCGGCUGAGCAGCUUCAAUCCUCUACUGAGUCAGCAGAGGCUCCAAAAGCUGACAGUGGGCCUUCAUCUCCCGAGGAGUCAGAAGAGCAUGUUAUUGCUGUGGAGGUGACCCAGAAUGAGUCAAGCCAAGAGACUGAAGGUGAAAUUGCCUCUGAUGGAGAGAAGAAAAAAGAGGGCAUCAUUGCCUGGUCCUCCUUCAAGAAACUAGUAACACCUAAGAAGCGUGUGAAAAGGUCUUCUGAGAGCGAAGAUGAAGCCACAAGUGAGAAGCCAGCAAAGUCAGCCACCCUGUCCUCUUCUGAGAGUGCCACAUUAGCAGAUAAGAGUGUUGAGGAGGAGGCUAAGGAGGAUAAGCCAAAUGAGGAAGAGCCAAAGACUGAAAACAAUGAGAAACUGGUCAGCAGCACUGAGGAGCCCAAAAAGAAAAUGGACACCUCUGUCUCCUGGGAGGCUCUAAUGUGUAUGGGUGGACCCAAAAAGAGGACUAGAAGGACCUCUGAUUCUGACGAUGAGGAGACCAAGAUUGAAGAGGUAUUGCCUGCAGCAGCAGUAGAGGGGGAGCAGGAGGGCAAAACUGAGGCUGCCAUUGUCACUUCCCAAAACACAGAGAGUGAAGGUGAAGUUGUUUCAUCCCCUGAACCUUUAAGCAGCCCCCCUGAGAGAGAGUCUGCCUGGGACACACUGAAACGUAUAGUUAUGUCAAAGAAUAAGACCAAAGAGGAAAAGCAAGAGGAGACUGCAGAACAAGUCCAGUCAGACAGUGAAGCACCAAAAGAUGAGUCAUCAUUCUCUUUGAAGAAGUUCUUGCCUGGACGCAGAAAGAAGAAGGCUGAAAAACAAGCCUCCACUGAACAGGGCUCAGGUGAGGAGGACACUGACACCCCAGCUGUGGUUCCUCUUUCAGAGUAUGAUGACCAAGUUGAAGCUGAACAAGAAGCACCAGCAGAACCGGCUGCAGUCCAGAUUAAAGUGUCCGCUGAAGAUAGAUCCCCUUCAUGGAUCCCAGCCAUUGUCGAAGACACUGAUGAUAAGCAUGAUGAGCUGAGUGACAUUCCAGAGGAGGCUGAGAAUGCUGCCACACCAAAGUCUGUUGACACUGACGUUGCAGAGGAUGAAACUGAGGACGAGGCUACUCCGCUCCCUAAAGCUCUAGGGCGCAGACUGUCCACAGCUGAGGUAAAGCCUGUCUCUCCAGCUCCAGCUGCUGAAAUCACUCCUGUUCCUCAGGGACCCAAGCUGGAGAGCGCAGAUAAGGUCCUGGUGGGCAUAGAGGCACAAAUCAGUGAAAUUCCACCCAAGACAUCUGUGACUGCUGAAGAUGUACCAAUAAAGUCAGCUUUUGAAAAAACAGAGUAUGAACCACCAACUGAGAAUGCAGAGUCCAAGACAAAUACCAUCCUGGAACCACACACUCAUGACAAGGCCACAGCUAUCUGCACUGGCCUAGGAACCAAGGAGAUUGCCAAAGUAGCUCUCGAGAAACCUGUAAUGCCCAUUAUAGAGUGUGUGGCUGUGAUCCAUGAUGUUCUAAGCACAGAGGUGUCAAAGGAAGAGAAGCCAGAAAGUACAGAGGAAACCACGGUUAUAGAAGAUGCAGUGCUCAGGGCCCAAGUGCACCAAGUAGAAACCACCAAGCUUGAGCGACUUGUUGAAAAUUCACUGAGUGAAGUAGACAUUCAAGCAGCCAAUAAGAGCUAUGAACCUGAGAUUGAGAUGGUUGGAAUUGUUAGCACUGUUGCAGAGGAGUCUGAAGUCAUUCAGUCUACCACCAUGAGCGAGAACUCUCCUAAAGCUGUUGUAGUCAAUUCCAUUUCACCAACACUUGAAACAGCUGUUUGCACCCAGAGCGUAGAAGUCACUGAGCCAACUGUAGAAACCAAGGAAGCGAAAAUGGACGUGGAGCAGCUUGCCGCCAGUGAAGAAAAUAUCAUUGUUAAAGAGGUAGUUCAGUGUGUGACAGAAGAGAUAUCAUCCACCAUCACAAAGGAGACUCAGCCAGCUACCCCUGUAUUUGUACCAAGUGAGGAGGAGGUUGCUGUUAUCACCAAAACAGUAGUCCUCGUGGCCCCGAUCAGUGUGCAGUCUGACCAAGUGGCAACAAAUGCAUCAUUGUCCGAGCCAGUCAGCGAUGAACCAACCCAGGUGCAGGAAACCAAGGAGGAGGGUACAGUUGUAGAUACUACCGGUCAAACAGCAGAGUCGGAGAUCUGUGCAGUCAUUGAGCAGGCCACUGAAAUUGAGGCUCAGAGCAUGGUCAUUGCCCAGGCUGUCAUUCAGGAUGCCAUGGAUAAAGUUUCAGAAGACGCGCCUAAACCCAAAAAGCCCACCACCCCAACAGACACCAUCCCAGAAGCAGUCCAGGCUGUAGCAACAACAGAGAAAGAGAUUGAGAUCACAACAGAGACCCAUAUUAUCACUGCUGCCCCCGUUGCUGUCUGUGAAAAACCAGCACCAAAGUCACCUCAGCCACUCUGUGUUGCCAUGGAGGUCAUUGACACAAUCCCAGUUGAGGUUAUACAGAGCCUUGAUGCCUCUGUAGAGGAGGAGAAGAAACUAGAAAAAGGGCUGAAGAAAGCUGAGGAGGUAAAAGUAAGUGAAGAAACUGUCAUAGUGGAAGAGGUGGUGGAGAUAAAGGCAGAGAGUCAGACAGGUGAAGAGCUUGAACAGGUCAAAGAGGAACAGAGCAAAGAAGACACAGAGGUUCAGGAAUCAGAUGUAAAAGAAGCAGCUGAGGAAGUGAAACCACAAUUAGAGGAAGCAAAGUCAGAGGAGACUUCAGAGGAGAACAAAGAGAAAGUGCUUGAGAUUCACAUGCCAGUCCAAGUGGUCCUGCAAACAGCGCAGGUGAUUGAGGCACCGUCAGUGGAAGAAGAGCCUGUGGUAGAGUUUGACAGCAACGGUCCUGUGGCUGAAGACGUAAAAGCUGAGAGCACUGCAAGUGAAACCAAACUCUCAACACUGACAGAAGAACCUCAAGUGACAGCUUCAGCAGAGCUUUCCCCUCCCAGCCAAGUCACAGAGGCAGCAGCCAGCCAACCAGAGACAGAGAAAACAUCGGUAAAGUGUGCAGAAGUGAUGGCACAGGUGAUUGAGGUGAUUGAGGAGGCUGUGAAGGAGAUUGAGCCUGUGUCCACAGAGAUCACAGCAGCAUCAUGAGCAGCUGAAGAUACAAGACUGAUGCCUGGGAGACACACUGUCUGGACCAGGAAGUGAGUGAUGAGAGCAAGAGAGAGAGAGCGAGAGAGAGAAAGAGGCAGCUCUGUGGUAACACACUGAGACUGGGCUCCGCCCAUCCUGCCCAGAGAGACUGAGUGACUGAGCAACUGCUCUGCCAUUCUCUCCACUUCCCCUUCCACCUGUACUCCAACCCCAUCCUGCAGCCCUGUCACCGCAACGUGACGUCCCACCGCCAUAUCCUCAUCCACUCACCCACUCACUCACUCACUCUCACACACACACUAGAGCAUGUCCUAUGCCUCAGAAGCAUCCCAUCUGGCUUGUAAUCAGUGUGAUGUAUGUUCAGUGUCUCAGUGACUUUCCAUUGCCCUUGCUGCAUAAGACAUGAGUCUGCAACCUGGUCGUGUGUAUCUGUUCAUAUGUGUGCGCGUGUGUUUGUAUGUGUAUAGUAGCGAGAGUGAGAUGGUGUCAGAAGGUGAAGAGAUGGAGGAUUAUUAUCUUGUAUAUUGUAUUUAUAUCUGAGUAUUCUUUCAUUCACCCCUAAGUCUUUAUUUUUAAAUUUUUUGCCUUAUUUUGUUAUUGUAUGGAUAUUGUUUAUUUUACAAUUCCCAUAUUAAGCUGUGAUGCAUCAUUGAUGCAGAGAAACAUUUCAAAAGUUUCUAGUAAAAUUUACAGUGUAUCGCAGCUUUAUUAGUCAUAUUGAUUUUUUUCAUGACUCUGUAGCAAUUAUAACUAAACCAUGGUACAAGUGUGAUUCCACUGACAGUAAGUUUAUAACACUGACUGGGGAAAACAACAAGAGGGCAGAGAGUAUGGUGACAGCUACCAGAAAUGCACCAACAUUCUCUUAUCACAUGUGUUCCCACUCUGCACCCAGGCAAAAUACUAAAUAAGCAUCAUGUGGAUAAGACAAACAAUCACUGCCUGAUUUACUGUGAAAAAGACAUUGUUACACAUUGUUUUAUGUAAUAAUACAAUAAAAUACUAUUAUAACACCCUCAUUUGAUCAUGUGGCAGAGGUAUUUGGUAAACAGUGACGUGCAAAGGAUACAUAUGCCAAUUUUUGACACUGGAAGAGUCAUACUGCGUAGACAUGUGCAUGUAAGAAAUACAAAGCAUAUCAUGUUCACAGUGUUUAAUGGCCAUGUUUUCUGAGUUACUGUGUGACAUACUGUAUGUAUUAUUUGUGUGUAGCAGUUUUAACACCUUCCUUACUACACUAUAUUUAUAUUUCUUGAUGAAAAGACAGUAUGUUGACACCCUCUGUUGCCUACAAAAAGUAGUGCACCCUUUAGUCUUCAGUCAUUUGUGUCAUUUUCACUUUAACUGUAUGUUUUAACAAGGGCGAUAAAGUUUGAAAACAAUCUUAAGUCAGUCCAGUCUUAUGGUACCUGCUCCCAUGUUGUGUUCUUUACCCAGCAUGAUAGCUCAAGGUUAUUAAACUGGCACCAGGGAGAACGUCGACUCACUGGUUGGGGAUUUACAGAGGCACAGACACCGACUGGAUAGUACCAGAUGUAAAAACAAAAGCUCAUUUUAUUCUUAAUUUAAAAGCCAAAUCAAGUUAAGAUCAAUCAGGGAGUCAUGGUCUUUCCAUUGCUCACAGGAUAAGACAUCAGUUGCAUCCAAUUAAAUUCCUAAAGCAUCUACUCAGCUACUUUGAGUCAUGCAUCAAACCUAAGUAAUAAGGUCAGGGCUUAUUUUGCAAGUUUAUUGGCAAAGUGGGAGAUUUUUUAGGAUGGAGGAAUAUCUGAAACGUUCCAUACAGUUUUGCCACCAAAGCAAAAGUGUGACUAUGGGUUACACUGGUAUUAGUUUAUUUCCUACCAAAUUUGGCAAACUUGCACUGUGUCAAUCAUUCAGAUAUCUUGAGAAUUAACUGUGAGUGCUUCUAUAAUCUAUUGAUUUUAAUUUGGUGGCUGACACGAGCAGCUCUAGACACUCACAUUUCACUCAGCUUUAUGACCAAACGAAAGAAAGAUCAGGAAGUACAGACCCCUGUUAGGUCACCGCUUCCCUUUACUUUGACUAUAGAGGGUGUGUCACAUCCAUACUUGCUUUAUGCAAAUCAAAAUAAGUGAUUUAAAAAAUACAGAGUGAACUAAAGACUUUUGCUAUAGUUGCCUAAUGUAAAGCAUUUAGAUUGGGUACCCACCCACUUCCCUGUAACACAUUUAACUGUGAACCUGUUAACAUUUGUACAGAUUGUAUACUCACUGUAUGUACUUAAAAAUCAUAUUGUUGUAAUAUUAACUAAUAACCUGCAGCCAUUUAGCAUAAUAUUCAUGUAGCAUGGUCUUAGUUGUCUUUUAUAUUUUCCAAACUGUUAAUAGUAAGGAUACAGAAACUUACUUUCUUUGUCUAUAUUUCAUUCAAUAAAGUUAGAGAAAAUUGG